AUGUCAAACGCCGGCGAGGCCAGAAGAGGCGUGGGAACGGGCCGGGGGUCGCGGCUGCCGCGGUGGACGCGGCAGGAGAUACUGGUGCUCAUCGAGGGGAAGCGGGUGGUGGAGAGGAGCGGCCGCGGCCGCGGCCGGGUCCGGGUACGGGGAGCCGAGGGCGCCAGCGCGGAGCCGACCAAGUGGGCGGCGGUGGCGGAGUACUGCCGGCGCCACGGCGUGGACCGCGGCCCCGUGCAGUGCCGCAAGCGCUGGAGCAACCUCGCCGGCGACUACAAGAAGAUCUGGGAGUGGGAGCGCGGGUACGCCGCCAGGAAGGAGGCCUCGUUCUGGGCCAUGCGCAACGACGCGCGCCGGGAGAGGCGGCUUCCGGGCUUCUUCGACCGCGAGGUCUACGACAUCCUCGAGGGCCGUGGCACCGCCGGGAAUGCGGUUGCGGCGGCGCUGGAGGACGUGGAGGAAGGCAAGGAGGAGGAGGCGAAGGCGGUGCUUCACACUGCUGGCCGCGGGGUCCAAGGGAGCGGGCUCUUCUCCUCGUCUGAGGACGAGGAGGACCAAGAAGACGACGCGGCCACGCCAAGUCCGACGCCGACGCCGACGCCGACGCCGGCGCCAGCUGCGGUGGCCGUGCCGAUCCCCGCCGGUGAGCAAGCUGUUCCGUUCUUCCUUGAAAUGGCGCGUGCCUCCUCUCUUUCAGUGCACGUUACAGAGAAGACAACUGAUGUGCCCAGGCAUGCGAGCUCCGAGCAAGCAGGCACAUCAAAAGAAAAGCAGACGGAGCAGAUCACCGAGGACUCACCAGUGCAGUGCGGGCAGAAGAGGCAGCGCAGCGACGACAAUGAUUCCGGAAGAGCCACGACCAGCCUGCAGGGGCAGCUGGUUGAGAUCCUAGACCGGAGCAGUCAGAUGGUGGCGGCGCAGCUAGAGGCGCAGAACAUCAACAGCCGACUGGACAGGGAGCAGAGGAAGGACCAAGUGAGCAGCCUGCUUGGUGUGCUUGACAAGGUGGCUGAUGCCCUCUACAGAAUUGCUGAUAAGCUGUAG